CCCAUGUAUUGUUCCCGUCAACAAAGACAGCGCUAGUUGCGGCUUAUGGUAUUGUCGAACCCCUGAAAGAGCUCAUGUCCGAUAAGGGUAAAGGGUACACGGUGGUCUAGGUUGGAAACCGGAGGCAGAAUUCGGGACGCCUUUCUUUGGGUUGACACUGAUAGUUGCCAAAUGUGUAAUAGAAAAUUGGGUUCACCUGUCAGGGUCGGGACGCUAACAGAGACGGGAUAUGGGCGGAGAGACGCGGAGUCCUGUCAGAGGUGCUUAUAUGGAGGACGAAAUCACAUCGUUACUGAUACGUGGUACGGACUCUGUCAAAUUGUGGGAAUUGCCUAUAGGCCCCCCGUUGAACUUUCCGAAGGUUUUAGCAGGAUUCACGGGCUAGCACACAGUAAAAGUUUAUAUAUAGAACAUUUUUGUUCUACCUUUUACCAUCUGACUUAUCAAAGCAUCAGUCCCGCGGCCGUCGACGAAUAUCUGCCUUUGUUACACGGAUGUUGGCGUCAAAAAACAGAUCCAGCUCAGAGCGACCGUCUCUUAAUAAAUGAGAAACAGUUGCCAGAGGCAUGGAACACAUCACCGCUUUUAGCCUGUGGGUAAAGCUUGUGUUCAGCGAAAGGAGGGAGCUGGACCUGUAUUUGGCAACCGAAAUUUCAACAACAACAAUGUAUCUCAUGAAGAUGAUCUAGCACCCCUACAAUCAUAAGCAAGGCGAGCUGCCUCGGUGCAUUGCUACUGACGUUAGCCGCGGUAGUUUUCAUGCGAUCUAGUGUCUAAAAAUUGAAUAGUCUGACAGACUGCUUCAUAAACAAUUCGACUGCAAAAUACGGUGAUCGAUAAUUUUUCUAAUUAUC